AUGUGGAAAAAGAUUGCAUAUAAAUUGCCUAAAGGUUGGAUUCAACUCGAGAAGGCGGUUGCGAGUAUUGAUGCGGAAGAAAAAUUGGUAUUAUUGGUGGGGCUUGGCAUCCGCCGUCCACAGCCCGAAGUAACCGAAAACUGGUCAUGGGUCUAUUUCCCGCAACCGGAUAUCAUAUUUUAUCGUUGCACAUUUAUCUCAAACUUCAACGAAUCCCUUACACCGAAUGCCGCUGUAUUUUGGAGUGUCGUAUGCGAAAUUGGGAUGGACUCGGAUGCGGAAGUUGUUGAGGAAGAAGCUGUUGAGAAGACAAUUCAAGGCUUAAAAACGGCUGGUAUCUUGUAUGAGAAUAAUACGAUUGUCUCCAAAUGGUUUUGCGCUUUACCCUAUGGAUAUCCAAUUCCUACGAUUAAUCGAGAUUAUGAAUUGGCAAAGUGUCAACCAGUCUUUGAAAAGAAAGGCAUUUUCAGCCGCGGGCGUUUUGGUUCCUGGAAAUAUGAAUCCGCAAAUCAAGAUCAUUCAUUCACUAUGGGCCGAGAAGUCGUCGACCGUAUUUUUAUGAACAAACCGGAAAAACUCAAU